AUGAGAAUUUCAGGGGGCGUUCAUGGUGGAAACAGCCGCGGAGCACCCAUUGUCGAGACUCUGUACCAUGCCCAGCGCUCCUCAUCAGGCUCUUCAGAUGUAUUAAAAAUGACACUGGCGGAUGCUUCAGUGUGCCAGGACGGGCAAGAAUGCUCGAAUACCUCCAAGCCAGCCGCAGCCCGCAGUACACCAGAUGCAUCCGUGGAUAUGCAGACCAGCUCCUCUUCAUCUCCCACUGCUCAUACAGAGCAACCAGACCACCAAGAAGGCUCAGAACGUGGUGAAGUGGUGCGUUUGAUAAGCGCUGAGGGGAGGCCCGUAGAGGUGCCAGUGCGAGUAGCCAGGGAAUGCGAAUUCCUCGAACGGAUGCUUUCUGGUUCAUUUACGGAAAGCCGAACGCGGGAGCUAAGUCUCCCGAACAUCAGAUACCGCGCGCUUAGCAAAGUUGUGGAAUAUCUGAGGCGAAGGGCCCAGUGGCGGGAAGGUGGAGGGGUACCUCUCGAGUUUGAAAUGGAUGAUGACAUAGCAGUCGAUCUCUUGAUAGCCGCUGACUAUUUGGGGCUGAAGUAG